AUGAGUUCCCACGCUGAAAUGGCCGUUUUCGGGCCAGCAGCCCAGUUUUUGCGCAAAUCUGAGAAGGAAAGAGUUGAAGCGCAGAACCGACACUUUGAUGCCAGGACAUCAUGCUAUGUGGUUGAUGCUAAGGAAUUGUACGUUAAGGGUGUUAUCCAGAGCAAGGAAGUUGGCAAGGCUACCGUCAAGACCGAGGAUAACAGAACUGUAACUGUGAAGGAUGACCAAAUCUUUCCUAUGAACCCCCCCAAGUAUGAUAAGAUCGAAGACAUGGCCAUGAUGACCCAUCUGAAUGAACCGUCUGUGCUGUUUAACCUCAAAGAGCGUUAUGCUGCCUGGAUGAUUUACACCUACUCUGGUCUUUUCUGUGCCACUGUUAACCCCUACAAGUGGCUGCCAGUGUACAACCCUGAGGUUGUUAACGCCUAUAGAGGCAAGAAGCGUCAGGAGGCUCCCCCACAUAUCUUUUCCAUCUCUGACAAUGCCUAUCAGGCCAUGUUGACUGACCGUGAAAACCAAUCUAUUUUGAUCACCGGGGAAUCUGGUGCUGGAAAGACUGUGAACACAAAACGUGUCAUCCAGUACUUUGCGACAAUUGCAGUGGUUGCAGAUAGCAAGAAAAAGGCAGAACCUUCCAAAAUUAAGGGAACUCUGGAAGAUCAAAUCAUCCAGGCCAAUCCUCUGCUGGAAGCCUUUGGUAAUGCCAAGACCGUGAGGAACGACAACUCCUCCCGUUUUGGUAAAUUCAUUAGAAUCCAUUUUGGACCUUCAGGAAAACUGUCCUCAGCUGAUAUUGAAACCUAUCUGCUGGAAAAAUCCAGAGUGACAUUCCAGUUGUCAGCUGAGAGAAGCUACCACAUUUUCUACCAGCUGAUGUGCAACAAGAAACCAGAACUUAUCGAUAUGCUUCUUAUUACCACCAACCCAUAUGACUUCAGCUAUGUCAGCCAGGGUGAAAUUGUGGUGAAGAGUAUUGAUGAUGCCGAGGAGCUGAUGGCUACAGAUGAAGCCAUCGACAUCCUUGGUUUCAGCGCUGAAGAAAAACUUAGCCUCUACAAGCUGACUGGUUCAGUGAUGCAUUUCGGUAACAUGAAGUUCAAGCAGAAGCAGCGUGAGGAGCAGGCUGAACCCGAUUGCACUGAAGUGGCUGAUAAAGCAGCUUACCUGAUGGGCCUGAACUCUUCUGAUCUCCUUAAACUGCUGUCCUACCCAAGGGUGAAGGUCGGCAAUGAAUAUGUCACCAAGGGCCAGAGUGUUCAGCAGGUCUAUAAUUCUAUUGGUGCUCUGGCCAGAUCUGUCUAUGAGAAAUUGUUCUUAUGGAUGGUCAUCCGUAUCAACCAGCAGCUUGACACUAAGCAGCCGAGACAGCACUUGAUCGGUGUCCUGGAUAUUGCUGGCUUUGAGAUCUUUGAUUUUAACACACUGGAACAGCUGUGCAUCAACUUCACCAAUGAAAAACUGCAACAGUUCUUCAACCAUCACAUGUUUGUGCUGGAACAAGAGGAGUACAAAACGGAAGGAAUUCAGUGGGAAUUUAUUAACUUUGGUAUGGACUUGGCAGCUUGCAUUGAGCUUAUUGAAAAGCCCAUGGGUAUCUUCUCUGUCCUUGAAGAGGAGUGCAUGUUCCCCAGGUCUACGGACAAUUCUUUCAAGGCCAAGCUUUAUGACCACCAUCUCGGCAAGAACAACUGCUUCCAGAAACCCAAGCCUGGCAAAGGCAAGGCUGAGGCCCACUUCUCCCUGGUGCACUAUGCUGGCACUGUGGACUACAACAUCUGUGGCUGGCUGGAGAAGAACAAGGACCCACUGAAUGAGUCUGUUAUUCAAUUGUAUCAGAAAUCUUCGGUGAAACUGCUAAGCAGUCUGUAUGCCAGCACAGCUGAUGAUCAUGCUGCUUCAGGUAAGAAAGCUGGCAAGAAGAAGGGUUCAUCUUUCCAGACAGUGUCUGCUCUUUUCAGAGAAAAUCUUAACAAGCUGAUGUCCAACCUUAGGUCAACUCAUCCACACUUUGUGCGUUGCUUGAUUCCCAAUGAAACCAAAACUCCAGGUGUCAUGGACAACCACCUUGUCAUGCACCAGCUUAGAUGCAAUGGUGUGCUGGAAGGCAUCAGAAUCUGCAGAAACGGUUUCCCAAGCAGAAUCCCCUAUGGGGACUUUAAACAGAGAUAUAGGGUACUGAAUGCCAGCGCUGUCCCUGAAGGUCAGUUUAUGGACAACAAGAAAGCUGCAGAGAAACUUCUGGGGUCAAUUGAUGUUGAUCAUACCCAGUACAAAUUUGGACGCACCAAGGUGUUCUUCAAAGCUGGUCUUCUUGGUCUUCUUGAGGAACUGAGAGACGAGCGACUGGCAACUCUUGUUACUUGUACUCAGGCUGUUUGCCGUGGAUAUCUUAUGAGGAUUGAAUUCAAGAAAAUGAUGGAAAGAAGGGAGGCCCUCUUUAUCAUCCAGUACAACAUCCGCUCAUUCAUGAAUGUGAAACACUGGCCAUGGAUGAAGCUGUACUUCAAGGUCAAGCCGCUCCUAAAGAGUGCAGAAACUGAAAAGGAAAUGGCCAACAUGAAGGAAGAAUUCACCAAGUGCAAAGAAGAUCUGGCUAGGUCAGAAGCAAAGAGGAAGGAGCUUGAGCAGAAAAUGGUUUCAGUUGUGCAAGAGAAGAAUAACCUACUUCUUCAAGUUCAAUCGGAAUCUGAAAAUCUGGGAGAUGCUGAAGAAAGAUGUGAAGGCCUUAUCAAAAGCAAGAUCGAGCUUGAGGCUAAACUAAAGGAGUUGUCUGAGAGAGUAGACGAUGAGGAGGAAAUCAAUGCUGAGCUCACUGCCAAGACGAGGAAACUGGAAGACGAGUGCUGUGAGCUGAAGAAAGACAUUGAUGACCUAGAGCUUACACUGGCCAAAGUGGAGAAGGAGAAACACGCCACUGAAAACAAGGUGAAAAACCUGACUGAAGAGAUGGCUUCCCUUGAUGAAAACAUUGCUAAGAUUACUAAGGAGAAGAAGGUUCUCCAGGAGGCUCACCAGCAGACCCUUGAUGAUCUGCAGGGUGAGGAAGACAAAGUCAACACUCUGACCAAAGCCAAGUCAAAGUUGGAACAGCAAGUCAAUGAUCUUGAAGGCUCAUUGGAACAAGAGAAGAAGCUUCGCAUGGACCUGGAAAGAGCCAAGAGAAAGCUGGAAGGAGACCUGAAACUCACCCAGGAAGCCAUCAUGGAUCUGGAGAAUGAGAAGCAGCAGAUAGAGGAGAAACUCAGAAAGAAAGAUGUUGAAGUAAGCCAGCUGCAAGGAAAAGUUGACGAUGAGCAGAUUCUUUCAGCUCAACUCCAGAAGAAAAUGAAGGAAUUCCAGGCACGAAUUGAGGAACUCGAGGAAGAAAUUGAAGCAGAACGUGCAGCUAGGGCCAAGGUUGAGAAGCAAAGAGCUGAUCUUUCCAGGGAACUUGAGGAGAUCAGUGAAAGGCUUGAGGAAGCUGGUGGUGCAACUUCAGCUCAGAUUGAAAUGAACAAGAAGCGUGACACUGAGUUCCAGAAAAUGCGCCGUGAUCUUGAGGAGUCUACUCUGCAGCAUGAAGCUACUGCUGCUGCGCUUCGCAAGAAGCAGGCAGACAGCGUGGCUGAGCUUGGAGAGCAGAUCAACAACCUUCAGCGUGUGAAACAGAAGCUAGAGAAGGAAAAGAUUGAAUUUAAAAUGGAAGUGGAUGAUCUUUCAGGCAACAUGGAGUCUGUUGCCAAGUCUAAAGCCAAUCUUGAAAAGAUGUGCCGUUCACUGGAGGAUCAGCUGAGUGAAGUAAAGUCAAAGAAUGAUGAUAACCAGAGACUUAUUAAUGAUCUUUCAACUCAAAAAGCUCGCCUGCAGACAGAAAAUGGUGAAAUGUCUCGCCAACUAAAUGAGAGGGAAUCGUUGGUCUCCCAGAUGACAAGAGGGAAAGUGGCCCUCAGCCACCAGAUUGAGGAGCUUAAGAGACAUCAUGAAGAGGAAAUGAAGGCUAAAAAUGCUCUUGCCCAUGCUUUGCAAUCAUCUCGCCAUGACUGUGACCUCCUCCGUGAGCAGUUUGAGGAGGAACAGGAGGCCAAGGCUGAACUUCAGCGUGCAAUGUCCAAGGCCAAUAGUGAAGUUGCCCAGUGGAGAACAAAAUAUGAAACCGAUGCAAUCCAGUGCACAGAAGAACUGGAGGAAGCCAAGAAAAAGCUUGCCCAGCGAUUGCAAGAUGCAGAGGAGAUGAUUGAGGCUACCAACUCCAAAUGCUGUUCCCUUGAAAAGACCAAGCAGAGAUUGCAAGGUGAAGUUGAAGAUCUGAUGAUGGAUGUGGACAAAGCUAAUGCUUCUGCUGCCUCUCUUGAUAAGAAACAGAGGAACUUUGAUAAAGUUUUGUCUGAGUGGAAGCAGAAGUUUGAGGAAAGCCAGGCUGAGCUGGAAGGUGCUCUGAAGGAAUCUCGUUCCUUGGGCACAGAGAACUUCAGGAUGAAGAAUGCUUAUGAAGAGUCUGUGGAUCAUCUUGAAACACUGAAACAUGAAAACAAGAACCUGCAGCAGGAGAUCUCAGACCUCACUGAACAGCUUAGUGAGAAUGGCAAAAGCAUCCAUGAAUUGGGAAAGGCCAUGAAAAAAGUAGAGCAGGAGAAAUGCGAGAUCCACACUGCUUUGGAGGAGGUUGAGGCAUCCCUGGAACAUGAAGAGAGCAAGUUUCUCCGUGUGCAACUGGAGCUGAACCAAGUGAAGUCUGAGGUUGAUAAGAAGAUUGCUGAGAAGGACGAGGAACUUGAACAAGUGAAGAGGAACAGUCAGAGAGCCAUUGACUCCCUGCAGAACACUCUGGAUUUGGAAGUCAGGAGCAGGAAUGAUGCCCUGAGAACAAAAAUGAAAUUGGAAGGAGAUCUCAACGAAAUGGAGAUCCAGCUGGCCCAUGCCAACCGUCAAGCUGCUGAAUCCCAGAAACGACUGAGAAAUGUUCAGGCUCAGUUCAAGGAGUCUCAAAUACACCUUGAUGGUGCCAUGAGAAGCAGUGAAGACAUCAAGGAACAUUAUGCCAUUUUGGAGCGCAGAAGCUACUUGAUGCAGGCUGAAAUUGAAGAAAUGAGGGCUGCCCUGGAACAGACGGAGAGAGGCCGCAAGAUUGCAGAGCAGGAGCUGGUCGAUGCCAGAGAGUGUGUACAGCUGCUACACUCCCAGAACACUUGCCUGAUCAGCGGCAGGAAGAAGUUUGAAAGUGACCUCUGUCAGCUUCAGGGUGAGAUCGAAGACACAAUCCAGGAAGCCAGAAAUGCAGAGGAGAAAGCCAAGAAGGCCAUCACUGAUGCUGCCAUGAUGGCAGAGGAGCUGAAGAAGGAACAGGACAUCAGCGCCCACCUGGAGAGAAUGAAGAAGAACCUGGAUGUGACAGUGAAGGACCUCCAGCACCGUCUGGAUGAGGCUGAGGAGCUGGCAAUGAAGGGUGGAAAGAAACAGCUCCAGAAACUGGAAAACAGGGUGCGUGAGCUGGAACGUGAACUUGAAUCAGAGCAGAAACAUGGUGUUGAUGCCAUUAAGUGUGUGCACAAAUAUGAGAGAAGAGUCAAGGAGCUGACAUACCAGUCUGAAGAAGAUAAGAAGAAUGUUGUCAGGCUGCAGGAUCUGGUUGACAAACUUCAGCUGAAGGUCAAGGCCUACAAGAGGCAGUCGGAGGAGGCUGAGGAGCAGGCUAAUAUCUACCUGUCCAAGUUGAGGAAGGUGCAGCAUGAGCUUGAGGAAGCUGAUGAGCGUGUUGAUAUUGCUGAAUCCCAGGUCAACAAGCUGAGGGCUAAGAGCCGUGACACUGGUUCAAAGGUAAAUUUAGAUAAUCUGGAAAGGAAUGUGAAGAGUGAGAAAUGGACAUGA